AUGUCCACCUCUGAUGUUGCCAUACAGCUCAUCAACGAGGCAAAAGAGUUCCAUCCUGAAGUUUUGGACUUCUUUGACAAAUGCGUUGAAAGCCGGGACGUCGGAAUGGACUAUCAUGUUAUUUCUGUCUUUGGGUCACAAUCUAGUGGGAAGUCAACGCUGCUCAAUGCGCUUUUUGGGACCCAUUUUGAUACUAUGAAUGCGAAGGAGAAACGCCAGCAGACAACGAAGGGCAUUUGGCUCGGCCAUACCAAAGACGUUGCUGUUUCUACGGACAAAAGAGAGCCAAUGAAAGAUCUUUUCGUCUUGGACGUGGAGGGAUCUGACGGUGCAGAACGUGGCGAAGACCAGGAUUUCGAGAGGAAAGCCGCGCUUUUUGCAAUCGCGGUGUCCGAAAUUUUGAUUGUGAACAUGUGGGAACAGCAAGUUGGACUCUACCAGGGCAAUAACAUGGCGUUGCUAAAAACGGUUUUCGAGGUCAACUUGUCCCUUUUUGGCCAUAGAAACGACCAUAAAGUGCUUCUGUUAUUCGUGAUCAGAGAUCACGUAGGUGUCACUCCACUCACAAGCCUCCAGCAAACACUAGAAACGGAAUUGGAGGACAUCUGGUCAGGUUUGACAAAGCCCGAAGGCUGCUCAGGCCGCUCUCUUUACGAUUUCUUUGAUCUCAAGUUUACUGCUCUAGCCCACAAAGUGCUGCAACCGGACGUUUUCUCAGAGAAUGUAGGAUCCUUGGGGCUUAAAUUUCAAGACAAAACCGGCACAGAAGCCACCUAUUUCAAGCCCGAGUACCACCACAACUUGCCGCUGGAUGGCUGGACGAUGUAUGCGGGGAACUGCUGGAACCAAAUCGAAACAAACAAAGAUCUCGACCUGCCCACCCAACAGAUUCUAGUCGCCAAGUUUAAAACAGAAGAGAUCGCACAGCAGGCCUUUGCAGUGUUUUCUGAGAAUUAUCCAAAGGACAGUUUCGAGGCGAACGAGCAGUCAAAGCUAAUAGAAACCUUACACGACCUUAAAGCCCAGUGUAUUGAAGAGUACGACACUUAUGCCUCGCGGUAUGCCAAACCUGUUUACACAGAGACCAGGAGUGGACUAGUAAAUGAUAUUGAAGCCAAGUUCAGAGAAACCGUUUCCCAGCAUCUUCUCAACCUGACUGAAAUCUUGAUUUCAGCUUUUGAGAAAGGUGUGCUGAAGAGAUCCAAAGCAACUCCUUUUGAUCAACAAUUGGAGUCUGCGCGCUCUGAGGCCAGUGAUAAGUUUCAUGUGGCUGUUUCCGACUUUACAAAUCGCGAGCUUCUCACGCAUCUAACGAAAGAAGAGGCGCUUUUCAGCUCGGCUUUGGAACAAGCGUGUGCCACACAAAUUCAGAAAGAACUCAAGCAAAUUGUAGUUCGCUCCAACAAGCUUAUCACAAACGGCAUCAAGGACGAGAUAGUAUUUUUACUGGCGCAUCCAGAAAAGGAUUUGUGGGAUCAAGUCAUGAAAAGUUUCAACGACAUCAUCUGCAAAUCUGUUCAGAGGUUCUCUCCAGAAGUAGGGCAAUUCGACUUCCAGAUUGGCGUAUCAGAAGAUGAAAACAAAAAAGUCUACGAGCAGAUUCGAUCAAGCGCAUGGGCUUCCUUGCACGAGAUUGUCCAUGAUUACCUCACUGAGGAUAACGUUGCGUCGAUUUUGAGAGAACGAUUCGAGAACAAAUUCAGAUUCGAUGAAAAUGACUCCCCCCGGUUAUGGAAGAACGAAGAGGAAAUCGAUGCUGUUUACAGGGUUGCCAAGGAACAUGCCACGGAAGUUUUGGAUGUGUUGUCUCUCGCUGCCACUUCGCGUCACAUCGAGGUUAUUCCUGACGUUCGCGUUAAAGCUUUGAACGGUUUAGACGAAGAGAUAGAUCUUCGGGGCGAGUACGAAGACGACGAAGGUGUUUUCCACCAGAAAAGCUUUGCUCACAUUUUAACCGCGUCUCAAAGAGAGAAGGUCCUUCAAAACUUCAAGCGUCAGAUAAACACGACAGUGAUUGAGGCCAAGAGAUCGAUUAUACGCACAACAACGCAUAUUCCAGUGUAUGUAUAUGCUCUAAUUGCAGUGCUGGGUUGGAAUGAAUUCCUCAUGAUUAUCAGAAACCCCUUAUUUGUCACACUGCUGCUCAUCUUCGGAGUGGCCUUCUACUUUGUUCACAAGCUCAAUCUCUGGAACCCUCUUUUGACGCUGGCUAAUUCGGCCGUCAGCGAGACAAAAGCUUUGGCAAAGGACAAAAUAAUGGGAUUCUUAGAAGACAAGCCUGAGGCUGCAGCGUCCUGGUCUUCUACAUCGAGCAACUCUGGACAUAAGAAAACGAGUGUUCCCAAGGAAGAGUUUGAACUACAAGACAUGCCUAAAGAAUCAGCACCAAGUGCUGUUGACGAAGAGUAA